CACACCACUCCCAGUGCUUCAAUUAUUGAUCCCUCACAAAGCUCCCCUCCUUCUCCCUUCCAGCUGGAGGCUUUUACCUUUUCUUAUUCACAACUAAAAAUCAGCUGUGUGUGUAUUUGAUUGAGGGACUUUGUUCUGUAUUUCUUGCUAUUCAGCACUGCAGUAGAAAUCCAACUGCAGAGUAAGAUCCACCCAAUCCGCCUUCCCCUCUUUGCUGGUGGCCCUUCAGCACUAAGGAGAGGUGGGCAGCUCCCAGCACAGAGCGCUGCUGCUCCCGAUGUGCGGUGCGGACGGAACCUGCUGCAGCCCAGUGCCCACAUGCUGCAUUAGAGAGAUGUGCAUAUAAUUUGCCUUUAUUUAAAUACUCUGAGCAGCGCUUUCCACCCAAGGAACCUAUUUCUACCUUUGCAUUAUUAUAGUGAAAUUUAAAAAAUGGAAGAUGCCUACAGGGAUAGGACUUCAUUAGUGAAAGGUGCUAAAGAUAUCGCCAAGGAAGCAAAAAGACACACAACAAGAAAUACGAACAGAGCUGUGGACAUAGAACGAGAUGGGUACACACAACAGUCCCACAACCAGUACCACAACGAACAAGAUGACAGAUACUACUCGCAAGGAAAUUAUCAUGAAGAAGCAAAUGAUGAUGAAGGUUCAAGUGAAGCAACAGAAGGUCAUGAUGAAGAUGAUGAGAUAUAUGAAGGAGAAUAUCAAGGAAUACCUGGUAUGGGGCAAGGCAAAGAUGGUAUGGUUGCUCUUGGACAACCUAUGACUGAUGAAUACAAAGACCGGCGCGAGUUAGAAACCGAAAGGAAGGCUGAUGAAGAAGAACUGGCACAACAGUAUGAGUUAAUCAUCCAAGAAUGUGGCCAUGGUCGUUUUCAGUGGACUCUCUUCUUUGUCCUUGGGAUGGCAUUAAUGGCUGAUGGUGUCGAGGUGUUUGUGGUCGGCUUUGUGUUGCCCAGUGCUGAAACAGAUAUGUGCAUACCCGAUUCAGGCUCUGGUUGGCUCGGGAGUAUAGUUUACCUGGGGAUGAUGGUGGGAGCGUUCUUCUGGGGAGGCCUGGCAGACAAGGUUGGAAGAAAGCAGUCUCUUCUCAUAUGCAUGUCUGUCAAUGGAUUCUUCGCCUUCCUCUCUUCAUUUGUCCAGGGCUAUGGACUUUUCCUAGUUUGCCGUCUUCUCUCAGGAUUUGGCAUAGGAGGAGCUCUGCCAACUGCUUUUUCCUAUUUUUCGGAAGUUCUGGCCAGAGAGAAGCGAGGAGAACACUUGAGUUGGUUGUGCAUGUUUUGGAUGAUCGGAGGAAUCUAUGCAUCAGCUAUGGCUUGGGCUAUUAUUCCACAUUAUGGGUGGAGUUUCAGCAUGGGAUCGGCGUAUCAGUUUCACAGCUGGAGAGUGUUUGUCAUUGUGUGUGCACUGCCCUGCGUUUCUGCCGUCGUGGCCCUAACUUUCAUGCCAGAAAGCCCACGGUUCCUGUUAGAGACUGGGAAACAUGAUGAAGCCUGGAUGAUCCUCAAACAAAUUCAUGACACAAACAUGAGAGCUCGUGGUGAGCCUGAGAAAGUCUUCACUGUUCAAAGAAUUAAGACACCAAAACAAAUCGAUGAACUUAUUGAAAUUGAGUCGGACACAGGAACGUGGUAUAAAAGAUGCUUUGUCAGAAUCCGCACAGAGUUCUAUGGAAUAUGGCUAACAUUUAUGAGGUGCUUUGAGUAUCCAGUGAAGGACAACACAAUUAAACUGACUAUAGUAUGGCUCACUCUGUCAUUUGGGUACUAUGGUUUAUCCGUCUGGUUCUCCGAUGUCAUUAAACACCUUCAAGCGGAUGAAUAUGCUUCACGAGUGAAACGUUUUAACGGGAGCACCAUCGCCGACUACAAGUUCAACUACACUUUAGAAAAUCAGAUCCAUAAGAAUGCCGUGUUCAUCAAUGACAGGUUCAUAUCAAUGAAGUUUAAGUCUGUUGUCUUCCAAGACUCGCUGUUCGAAAGAUGCUACUUUGAGGAUGUGACUUCAAUCAACACUUACUUUAGGAAUUGUACCCUCAUAGACACCCAUUUUGUUAACACAGAUCUAGAGAAAUACAAGUUCACUGACAGUCAAACGAUAAACUGCACAUUCACCAUUCCCAAGAUUGGCUGCCAGAUCACCUUUGAUGAUGAUUACAGUGCCUACUGGAUUUAUUUUGUUAACUUCCUUGGAACCUUGGCAGUUCUUCCAGGCAACAUUGUCUCCGCUCUACUGAUGGACAAGAUUGGGAGACUGACAAUGUUAGGAGGCUCUAUGGUACUUUCUGGCAUCAGCUGUUUCCUUUUGUGGUUCGGUACCAGCGAGUCUAUGAUGGUGGGCAUGCUGUGUGUGUAUAAUGGGCUGACUAUUUCAGCAUGGAACUCCCUCGAUGUGGUCACUGUGGAACUCUACCCUACAGAUAAAAGGGCAACUGGAUUCGGGUUUCUGAAUGCGCUGUGUAAAGGAGCAGCAGUUCUUGGAAACCUGAUAUUUGGCUCGCUCGUUGGAAUCACCAAAGCCAUCCCUAUCCUGUUAGCCUCCGCAGUGCUUGUUGGAGGGGGCCUAGUGGGACUACGACUCCCUGAUACAAGAAAUCAGGUGUUAAUGUAACUUGGAAGUAAGGCCAUCAAGCAUUUUUUUCUGUAUUCCCUGCCAAUGAUUAACCAAUCCAAACACAAACUUCAGAUCCUCACCAAGAGGCCCACACUCAGUGUCACACCCUCACUGUCACACUCGGUGUCACGCCCUCGCUGUCACACUCGGUGUCACGCCCUCGCUGUCACACUCGGUGUCACGCCCUCGCUGUCACACUCGGUGUCACGCCCUCGCUGUCACACUCGGUGUCACGCCCUCGCUGUCACACUCGGUGUCACGCCCUCGCUGUCACACUCGGUGUCACGCCCUCGCUGUCACACCAAUGUCAUUCCCUCUGUGUUCCAUAUUUAGAGAACUUCUCACCAGCUUGUUUUGGUCUGUGAAUAAUUUGCUUUUAUAAACCAGUUUGCAAACAGUAUAUGGACAUCAGUGUGUUAAAGCAAAAGGCUAGGGACAGUUCAUAGAUAAUUGGUUUAUUUUUAUUCUCUGUCCUUUAUCACUAUGUAAUAUGUAUGUAAAAUUGGUUUAAUUGUGUGGGCAUGACAAAGCUAUCUUUAUGGGGAUAAAGUAAAGGCAGUUGAGCUGGGCCCACA